ACCGUCAGGUUCAAGAUGAAUUCAUUGGUGAAAAGUCAGAUUAUUCUGACAUUUUACAUCAUUUCCUUCCUGAUUGGACUUCCUGCCAAUCUGGUGGCUCUCUAUGCUUUUAGCAUGAAAAUCCACCACAGUCCUCUUCCAACAGACAUCCUGCUUCUGAAUCUGACUGUGUCCGACCUGCUCUUCUUGAUCAUCCUUCCUCUCAAGAUGCACGAGGCAGCAUCAGGGAUGCAGUGGAAUCUGCCCAACAUUAUGUGUUCUAUCACCUCCUUUACCUUUUUCUCCACAAUCCACACCAGCUCCUUGCUGCUGAUGGCAAUCGGCGUGGUCCGCUACAUCGGAGCAGCAUUUCCUGUUAUCUACCAACACCUCAAGAAACCUGUGUACCCGAUCAUUAUCAGUGCUGUUAUUUGGGUGAUCUCAAUGGGACACUGCAGCAUCACUUUUAUCAUCCAGCACCACCCCUCCUUGUCCAGCUCAGACUCUUCUAUGUGCUAUGAAAACUUCACAGAGAAGCAACUGGAGGUUCUCCUCCCAGUGCGUUUGGAGUUUUUCUUUCUGUUCUGCUUUGUGCCUCUUUUAAUUACUGCUUACUGCUACCUGCGCUUAAUUUUGAUUCUGUACAGCCGUCCCAGGAUAUCCUGGAUGAAGAAGAGGAAGGCUAUUGGCAUGGCUUUAGGAACUUUUGCUGUGUUCCUCAUUUCUGUUGGACCAUUCAACUUCUCUUUUUUGCUGGGUUACUUCCAGCAACAAAGCCCAGUGUGGAGAUACUACACUUUGCUGCUCAGCACGUUGAACACCUGCAUUGAUCCAAUUAUAUUCUAUUUUUCCUCCUCUGUUUUUCACUUCACAAGCAAAAAAUCAAUUUUCAGAAAGCACUGGUGCAAAUGGAGAAAAGGGACAAAUUUAGGGCACUAAUUCAUGAUCAAUGUGCGUUCCAUCCCACAUGAUGUAUUUGACAGUGGCAUUUUAUCAAAUACAAAAUGCCAGGAAGCCAGCCAGGGCUGCAAUCAAUGACAGCUUCCUCAUCUUUGACAUGUUGUUUCCCGUUUGCUACCAUGUACAAGCAGCUUUUUCUGAGUACACAUGAAGAUAGUACUUGUAAAACAAUUAAAGUUAAUUGUAAUGAUUAACCUGUCAG